CGCUCCACUCCUCUCCCCGCCAUCCUACGCCUUUAAUGGCGACAAGACGCGGCCGUAUGUGUACCAACCAACCACAGUUUCUCCUCCCUAAUCCUGCGCGAGGCGGAGAGGGAGAGGAAUCAUUCCCCGCCGGAAAGCCUCGUCGCGCGCCCACACGUUUUUAUUCCGCGAUUGUGACGGCGGCGCGCGGAGCGGGAAAGGAGUGGCGGGGCUGAGCGCUCGGCCGUGCUAGCCCUUGGCUGUGGCGCAAGUGGAUUCACGGACAGGUGCCGCCGCCCGCCGCCGCUAGUUGCUAAUUUGUGGUCUUUUAAGCCUUUCUGAGUAGUUCUGGACCAUAGGAGCCCCGAGCGAACGGCUUAGGUUCUUGGCCGGACUGUUCUUGCCGGAGCUUGGCGGUUUCUGAAGUCGCGGCUGAGGCGCUCUGAUCUGAUUCUGUCGGAGAAAGGAGGCGAGCGGUCGCCCAGAAGUUUCAGGCAAUUUUCUUAAACUAAACUCAUGUCAGGUGGUGCUUCCAAAAGAUUUGGUGAGAAUGAAGACUUUGAACUUCUGCUGAGCAAAAGUGAUAUCAGAGAAUCAUCUUACCGCAAGCACUCCCUGUGGAUGGCACACUGGACAAGAGAUGGCCACAGUGCAGAACCUCAAAAUAGCAAGAGCUGUAGUCCGUUUGAGGAAAUCGAUGAUGUCGGAUAUUCAAAAGAUUGUGGGAAUUUACCUUUUGAGCUCAUGAAAGCUAGGAUGGCUGAAAGGUUGAUGGUUGGAGUUAGCCAUGGAGGUGCAUCUUCCGGGAAUACACAGCAAUUCAGUUCUAAUAUGUGGGGUGUAGCACAUGAUGUUUGCCAAGAAGUUCAAUGCAAGAAUACUGAUCAGUUUAAUAGACCUUUCGAAAGAUCUAUGGUACAGAAAAAUCUGAAUGUAUAUGCUGCUAAGACAGUGAUAUCAGAAAGAUUUUCUGUACAUAAGCCUUCAGAUUUAUCUGUGGAUUCUCAUAAACUUUUGAGCUCUGACAAUCUGAGUUCAGAAUGGAGUCAUUUUCCUAUGUUUGCAAUCAAUAGGAAAAUUGACAGUAUACUCAACCCAAGACGGUCUGCUUUUUCUGCGUCAUCUGAUAAAAUUUUUGUCCCACAAUAUAAUUUGAAGGCGAAUAUAUCUGCGUCUAAUACAAUGGCAUUUUCAUCAAAGGAAUAUCAGUUCCACACACACCAAGUAUCUGAUGAAAAUAUGACGCACUGUAAAUCUGCAGCAGUCAUCCAACCUCAUCAAGAUGAUUGUCUCGGUCUCAAUUCCGACCAUGCAGGAAGAAAUCUGAAAGCACAUUUGUCAGUUGAAGAAUCGUGCUCUUGCAGUAAGGAUGAAACUAACUCCCUCGGUAGCCCAUCAAAAGGGUCACCUUAUCAGUCUAGCAAGAAUAAUGACAUAUUUUCAGCAAGCAGAAAAGACGAUGAAAUUGUUGAACCUUUGUUGGAACAUAAGUUAGGAACAUCUGAAAGAUGCCAAAAACAACAGGAUUUGGAGGAAGUAGUAUUUUAUGAGCCAGCAUUAGAUAGAGAAUACCAGAUGAAAUCAGUUUAUGCUUCUUCCAUUGGCAAGGGCAUUGAUAUGGACAUUAAUGGCCAAGGUGUGACAUUUCCUAAUUUGUUACAGGGUGAACAACAAUAUCGCAAAGUGGAUUCUGCUGUGAAUUUCACAGAGAUCUCCAAGUUACUGGAUAAAAUUGAAAAGGCACCAGUAAUGAAGAGCAAAGGUGAAGCACUAGCUUGUAGAAAACCACCAAGGCAAAAAUUGACAAAUAGCAAGCAAAAAGGGUCCUGCUUAUUUGAAAUGUUGACAGUACCAUCCAAAUCACAUCUCACAUGCUCCAAAGAUCCAACAUAUUCGGUGAAUUCUCGCAGUAACACAAGCAGAUGUUCAUUGGAAACACAGAAACAGUUCUCGACAAAAACAGAUACAUUGUACAGCGAUACUCAUGAUGCAUCAAAAUCCAUAGCAGGGUUCGCUUCAACGUCAACACAAAAGGACUCUGGUUACCCAGACUCGGAAAAAACUGAACGGGUAGUCUCCUCCUCAACUAAAAGAGUAUCAAGCUGCUGUGAAGGAAAUGAAACAAUCAACAUGAGCUCGGAGCAUCAAAACUCUUAUUCCAAAGCAACUUGUGCUAGUAAGAAAGAAUGGAGCAUACCCAAAACGUCAAGCAUGAAUUUGGAUCUAGUUCUUUUUCAAAUGAGCAGAAUGAGAAAUCCGAUUUCCAAGGCUCCAACUGAGUCACCAGUAUGCUCAGAUCCAAAUGACAAGUGGCUGAAACGCCUGAAAUGUGAUAGUUCAGAUCCACAUGUUCCUUGUUCCAAGAAACCAAAGACUGGAGACAUAGCAACUCCUGGAGGGGCAUGUACCGUGUUUGGUCAAGUGCUUGAUUAUAAGAGGGACAGUGCUUGCAUGAUCAAACAGGUUGAGGACCAAGUGGUGCAUGAAACAUUGAUGGACCAACAAAACCAAGAUGCGUCUCCUAUGUCAACAAAAAGUCUUAAUCACUGGAUAGGGAGGUGGUGCCAAGGUGGCACCCCUAGUUUUCAUGGAGCUUCGAGUCCAGGAAAGCAAUCGCGAAAGUCUAACACACCACCUGAUUGUCUUGAAGGUCAGUUUCCAAGCAUCGCAGCGAUGGCUAUGAUGGGGCGUGUAAUGAACAAGCUCCGCCCUUGUGAACUUGAGAAGAGGGGUCCUUCUGUAGUCUGGAAGACAGAGGGCUUAUGAGUGCCUGUCCGGCUUUAUUCAAGACCGGCCAUCGGCUGUGGGUUAAAAUUUGCAUGCAGGAGAGAAACUGCACUGCUACGCUGAUGGCAAUGUGUAUGAUUGUUUCCUCACAGAAGAAGAGAAAAACAUGGUAGUGUGAAUAUCAUUCCAAGGAGAGAAAAAUAUGUGUGGUUUCUACCAAUCACAGUGUGAUAGAUUGAUGUGUUGAUUCUGUAAGGUUCCUGGGAUGGAUAUCUUUUUCCAUCGUCUGAAGGGUGCCAUAUUUGUGUACCGUAACCAAACAGAUAUUCAUAACUGUAGAGGUUGCAUUCAGUUUAUGUUUGCUCUACUUGAAUUCGAGUUACGUUUUUGUUGCUUCCAGAAAAAAGGGAAAAGAAAAAGAGUUACAUUGUCGCUGUGCU